AGAAGGUGGAGGAGGAGAAAUCAUUAUCCAGCAGCAAAUGCAGCUCGUCCCCGAGAAGUUUAGGAAUCUAUGGAAUGCGGAAGAAAUCCGCGUUGUGAUCCUCGCCAGUCUCCUACUGCAGAUCUUCCUCAUCUCCCUCUCCCUCUUGCGCAAGCGGCACCGUAAUAUGCUGUUGAGCUUCCUCCUGUGGAUCUCCUACCUGGGCGCCGACUACGUCGCCAUCUUGGCGCUCGGCAACCUCCUCAGCGAGCAGACAGAGGCGAGCGACGCGAACAGAAACGGCCAACUCAGGGCCUUCUGGGCCCCCUUCCUCCUCCUCCACCUCGGCGGCCCCGACACCAUCACCUCCUACUCCCUGGAGGACAACGAGCUGUGGUUGCGGCACCUGCUGGGGCUGGUCCUCGAGGUCGUCGUGGCCAUCUUGGUGUUCCUCGAGUCGCUGCCGAGCCCCCACCUGUGGAAAGCCGCCAUCGUGGUGUUCGCGGCCGGAAUCCUCAAGUACGCGGAGCGGACGUGGGCGCUGUGGUCGGCCAGCAUGGACCGGCUGAGACAAUCCAUGUUCACCGAUCCGGAUCCCGGGCCUAACUACGUCAGGUUCAAGCAGGAGUAUCGAUCGCGCGAGAGAGCUGGGCUGCAACCGAAAAUCGAGAUCCUGAAAGAGCGCCCGUCCCUACUUCCCCAAGGCGAAGUGACGGAGAUCAGACAGGAACAUAUCAUCCUAUGGGGCUACCGCUUCUUCCGGACCUCCAAGCGCCUCGUCGUGGACCUCAUGCUCAGCUUCCAGGAUCGGAUCGACAGCCAGAACUUCUUCUUGCAGCGCAGCGCCAAAGAGGCUUUCCAAGUGGUGGAGGUGGAGCUAUCUUUCCUGCACGACAUCCUCCACACCAAAGCAACCCAUGUCCACACCGUGGGAGGGCGUGUGAGACGCGUCUUCUCACUCACCAUGGCAGCCGUCGCCCUGGUGCUCUUCCACCUCAGCGGGAAGCAUGGUUUCAACGAAGCUGACGUCAUGAUAACUUACGUCCUGCUCGUUGCCGCUCUCGGCCUCGAGGCCGUCGCCAUCGUCGUGCUCCUAGUCUCCGACUGGACCAUCGUGGCGUUGCAGGAGAGAAACAAGUUUGAGCGGCCCUACAUAACUUGCCUAUCAGAACUCUUAGACAAAUUGGCUGGUGCAAUCGUUAAAUUUCGGGGAUGUAUUUCCAAAAAUUGCGAAAGCUGGUGGUCGAAUUCAACGAGGCAUUAUAGCCUGAUCCGCAUCUGCCUCAGACGACCGAUCCACAAACAGAUCCAAUGGAUCAUGGAAUCCUUGAGGUUGAAAGAACUGUGGGAUAUCUGGCAGUACGUGGAACAUGACGAAAUAAGCGAUGAUCUGAAGGAGCUCAUCUUCCAGCAACUGAAGGACAAGGCCUCCUGCGCGGAGGGAGAGACCACCAGCUACAAGCGAAUGCAAGCCUGCAGAGGCGAAUGGAUCCUUCGAGAAAUGGGCUACCCGGAGCUCGAGUGGAGCGUGAAGAAGGAGUUCGAUGAGAGCAUACUGUUGUGGCACAUCGCCACAUAUCUCUGCUACCAGACUGACCCCACCGCCGUCAAGGUCACAGAGGAGGUGAAUCGUCAUUCCCGCAAGAAGCAACUGAUCAAAUGGCUGCGGCACUGCAUCGUCCCAUGUCUCCGCUGCCGGACUCAGCAGGCCAGCGGCACCGGCGCCUCUAAAGCGAAUCCCGAUCACCGCGAGCCAAGUAAGAGGAUAUCGGAAUACAUGAUGUAUCUUGUGGUGUUUGAGCCAUUCAUGCUGCCCGCCGGAAUCGGGAAGAUCAGGUUCCAAGAUACCUGCGCCGAGGCCAUGAAAUUUUUCAACGACAAAAAGAGCGAUAUCGAAGAAGCAGAGCGGGUCCUUAACCGGGAACAUCUAACAAAAGCAGAAGCUUCCCCGAACCCGACUCCCGGUAUAGAACAAGGAGCUUCGGCGACCCCGCCGCGGGAUCAGCGAAAGAGGAGGCAUCUAUCUCCAACGAGGGAAAAGGCAGCUUCUGGUGCGCUGCUGAAGGUGCAAACUACGUUCAAACCCAUAGAGGUGAAAGGGGACAGGAGCAAGUCGGUGCUGUUCGAUGCAUGCACGCUCGCAAAAGAGAUAAUAGGGGACGAUACCAAGGAGAAAAAAUCGAAAGGACAUUUGGAAUUGGAGGAGGCCUGGAAGAAGAAAUGGACCAUCAUCAACGGCGUGUGGGUGGAGAUGUUGUGCUUUGCCGCCGGCAAAUGCAACCAGUAUUUUCAUGCCAAGCAGCUGAGCCAGGGCGGCGAGCUUCUCACGCAUGUCUGGUUACUGAUGAUUCACAUGGGAAUCGCACGCCAAUACCGGAUCGAAACAGGCCACGCCAGAGCACUACUACUCGUGGACGAGUGAUCAUAAGAAUAAUAAGGUUUGUAAUCUCUUUUGCAUCAUUCCUCGCGCUUUCCAUCUGUAAUGCUGCAGUACUCAGUAACUCCCACCACUCUCUCGGCGCUUUCACCAUAUAUGUGUCGAACCGCUUCAACCCAGGCAUGAAAACAGUGGAUGUAAUACACAGCCAUUUGAAUAAUUUU